GCGUGUGCUGUACAACUGCACACACCUAUCAGUUUGGUUGUCAGGCUGCAUUGAUGAUCAAGAGUGGGGUGGAUCCAGACAAGUAGACGAGCACACCAGACCAGAACCAGAGCCGCAGCCAGAGCCAGAGUCACAAUCAGAGGCUUUACUACUAGACCAGUAGUGAGUAUAGAGCAAUGCCAAAAUACAAAUACACCCUUAGUACUUUCUGUGAGCCCACAUGAUUUAAUAUUAAAAUUAAAAUAAUAAAUAUAAUUCAUUGAAAUAUUUUUACAUCUUUAUUUUGUAUCAUCACUGCUGAUAAAAGAUAAUAAUGUUACGAGUGAACUGGUCUAGUUUAAUGUUUAGGAAUGAUAAAUAAAUAAAAUUUUUAAUGAAAAAUGUAAGUACGAUGAAACUAAAAUUAUAAUAUUUAUUUAAUUGGAAUUUAUAGUUUUAUUGGUGAAGAAACGAAUAAACAAAUAAAAUGAUUUUAUUACUGGUGAAGAAAGUGUAAUUAAACUGAAAGUCCUUGACAACGAGGACAUGUUAUAAUCUCUACUGGUUUUCAUACGCAUCCUCCGUGUGCUGGUAUUGGUGGUUUUUUAUUUUUUUUUUUUUUUUUUUUUUUUUUUUUUUAUUAUUUUUUGUAAAGAAGAACUACCACGGGAGUCAACGUCCGGGAUAUCACACGCAUAAAAAAUUAAAAAAAAACAACAAGUAAUGAGUGACGAUCAGAGCUCCUUUCCAUAGCAGGGGCAUUUCUUGCUACAUGUUGUGUGAUACAGAAGACCAAGACUGGACUUUAGUUUUUAAAAGUAGUGGUGCGUAAGGUAGUGCAGUGGUGGUUUUAUAUCAGACUCCAGUUCCAAUGGAAGACCAAGACUAAAACCUAAGACUGAAACUCGAGAGCUAACAUCCAAAGAUCAUCAUCAGUAUAUUGAAUGCCGGAACGACGACGACAAGUGAUACCGGCGACGAAGUUGAUGUCGAAGGUGGUAUCGUUGACUCUGCAAGUGACUGAGCCAACACUCUGGUGCUUCUGACAUCGGUUGUAAUUUUAUUUUUAUUUAAUCUUAUCUAAUCUAAGCUGUUCAUCAGAUUACCUGUUAUUGGAUUGUCACGAGCGUUCGGAUAGACAAUUGUCAUAUUUAUUACCAGGUUUAAAUAAAGUUUUAUAAAAAUAAAGAACGAUAAUUGUGAUAAUUGUAUUAUAUGAGUGUCUGUUUAUUCAUUCAUCAAGUAUGCGCUGGUUCUUCUUUGCAAGGGCCAGGAGGUGAAUAACGUAAUUGUAAAGAGCCGGCUUCACUUGGAGCACCUAUGUCAAUAAAUAAAUUAAAAGAUGCCUGGAACAUCUUAGCACGAAUAUUUCCAUGAAUAAAUCGGCAACUGUAUUAAAAAUAAAAUCAUCAUGAUAGUUAGAAGAAAUUGGGCCUUGCGGUUGUCCGUAGUUUUCAACAUCUGCGUACUUCUGUACAUCUGCGUUCAUUUUCGGUCGGGAACUUGGAUCGAAGAUGCCUCCAACUGGGAAAACUCUUCAGAAGCUUCUAAUGAACUUCAGACAAACAGUAACAAUAAUAACAACAACAACAACAACAAUAACAAUCAAAGUAGCCAAAUAAUAACGUCACGACUGUUGAACAGCAUUGAAGGAAGAUUCUUCGGAAAAUUAAUUUCAAAGGGUAAAAAUAAACCUACGGAAAGCAUUGAAACUUCUAAGAUGAUUGAAAAUAAAGAACAGACGAGCCAUAAAUCAGAGACCGCACAAAGUUCUUCUUUAUUCCUUUCCGGUCAAGAGAGCUCUCCUUUGGUCCAACCAUCGGCGGCUGCAGUGUCGUCGCCAUUAAGCUUGAAAGACAUAAUAAAGUGUAACGACAAGUCAUUGGAAGCUAGAAUUGCUCAACGCGGUGAUUACUGGGUACUUUAUAACUAUGUGCCAAUGAGUAUUUACGUAAAAUGUUGGGAAAGCGUCACGUAUACAACUCAUGCAGACUUUACUUUUCUCGACAAUCUGGAGCCUUUGCUGCAACGCUGGCAAGCACCAGUAUCGAUUGCUUUGCAUGCACCAGGCACAGACUUUCAGCCGACUUUAGAUUCAAUCAGAUACUUGAGAAACUGUGGGAGUCCACUUGUCUCACAAUUCACCACCUUUCAUAUUUAUUUCAAUUGGAAACAUGUGCCUAAAGUGGUACCCUCAAGCGAAAAAGUAUUAGCAUUUGAGCCGUACAAUUGCAGUCUCGGGCCACCUUGGUCACAUCAAAAUGUCUUAAACAAUAAAAUGUAUAAAAAUGAAAAAAAACUUUUGUAUCCUGUUAACAUUGGUCGUAAUAUAGCACGUGAAUCUGCUAUAACUCACUACAUACUAGCGAGUGACAUUGAGCUUUAUCCAAAUCCGGGUUUACCAGACAAUUUUCUCGAGAUGAUACGGAAAAAUGAUCAUCCGGCAUUGUCCAAGUCAAAUCCUAAAGUAUUUGUCCUGCCAAUAUUUGAAGUUGAUAAAAAAAGUUUACCACCGACUAACAAAACAAUAUUGAUAAAAAUGUUAAAAGCGGGUACUGCGAUACCAUUUCACAAGAGAUUGUGCUCGAUUUGUCACAAUAUACCGAAAGGAAAAGAAUGGCAAGAAGCCGCAGAAACAGCGGAUCUUUCGGUAUUUCAUGUUGGGAAGCGUACCGGUAAUUUUGCUCACUGGGAGCCUAUAUUUAUUGGUACAAAUAAUGAGCCAAUGUACGAAGAACGUUUAAGUUGGGAAGGUAAAAGUGAUAAAAUGCCACAAGGUUAUGCACUUUGUGUUUUAAAUUAUGAUUUUCUGAUUCUCAAUAAUGGAUUUCUCGUUCACCGACCGGGUAUUAAAUUUUACAAAAAAGAUCCUCGACGUGAUAUGUUGACCGACAAGACGAAUACUUUUAUUAAAAAAAUUUUAUUACCCGAGCUUAAAGUCAUUUACGGAACGAGAAAGGGCUGUGUCGUGUAAUUAAACAGCUAUGUUAAUAUUUAUUAUAGUUAAUUGACAUAAUUACGGCUAUUAUUAUUACAAUUACAAUAAUAUUCAUUUUAGUCGUUAUUUAUACAAUUAUAGCAACAAUCAAUAAGACCUCAUGUAUUUAUAAUAACUGUUGAAACAAUUUAUUGCCAUAUGAACUUUUUUAAUAAUUAUUGUUUCUAUUGACUUAUUAUUAAUCAACAUUUAUUGUUAUUUAUUUAUCAAAA